AUGCAACAAAUUUAUCCAUCUCUUAAAAUAGUAAAUAUCGCCUCUGUUUGGAAUCUGCAUCAUCCUGUUAAAAUUGAGGGAAAAUCCGGUAAAAAAAAAAAAUUUAAUGCUGAUAUCAUAAGAGAUGGUAAAAAGAGACUUCUUGUUUUCGGAUCUGGAAAAAUUAUUGCGACAGGAUUUAAAACUAUCAGGGACGCGGGAACCUUUAUCAACAAUAUCUACCCAGAAGCAAUAUUUGAAAAAAUAUCAGGAUCUUGUGCGGUUAUAAAAUUUGAUAAAAUAAUAAAAGCUUCAGAAAUAUUCAAAAGUGAUCUGAAAGUUUCAUAUGAGCCUGAGUUAUUUCCUGCUAUAAUGUGGAAAGAAAAUGGUACAGCAUUCAAUUAUUUCCAUAAAGGCUCUUUAGUAAUAACUGGAGCGAAAAGUUAUUCACAGCUAAAUAAAUCAUUAGAUCUUUUUUGUAAACGUUUUUGCUUUGAAAAAGAAAAAGCGCUAGAAAAUACAACUGUAUAA